AGGAAAAUGUUUCGGGAAGUAAUCAUCGGUCUGAUCAAUGUCUUCAUGGGCGUAGACAUAUUUGAGAUAUUGGCAAAUGGUCGCACUGAGGUGGAAAAAUUGGGCAAGGCCCUACUUACCACAGCUUCGGCCCUGUUGGUUCUGGGCACCUUGUUUGCCCAAAAGCAGCACAGGGCUAAUAUUCUUUUAAUUUGGCUAACAUCAUCGCUGAUAUAUUUCGGUACACAUUUUUAUUCUAUUCGAAAAUGUUAUUCUUGCACAUGCACUUCUCUGUGGAUUUAUGCCAUUUUGCUUGUAUGCAUGACUGCUGUGAUCUACAAGGCCUAUACUAAGGAGCUGGAAAAAUCGAAGGAUAAAAAAUCAAGUGUGGGGGAAAAACAGCCAACACCCACAGCUCCAGAGGAAUCACAUCCCCCUAUAUACAAUUCAAUUAUUCCUCAAGUUCAUGUUUAUUAAACGUUUUGUUUAUAAUUUAUUUUUAUUGUUGAAAUGAGCAACGAAUAUUAUUUCCUACGAACGUUUUAUAUGUUCUGUAAUUCAGUUUUA